ACCCAGAAGAAAAACACUUCUAAACUCCUCAACUUCUCGUCCUCUCCGCUCUUGUCUUGCUUUCAAGCCAGUUUGCUUUGACAACCGGCAAGAGUAGGGUCAAGUUCAGAAGUCUCUGUUAUUGCCACGAAGAUGAUGCGGAUUUUGGUGACUUUGCUGCUGGCCGCUUUCCACGCGAUCCCCUCCACCUGGGCCAUAUCCUGCACGGGCUGCGUGGACCUGGACGAGCUCAGCUUCCAGAGGACUGUGGAGCGAUUCCCCUAUUCGAUUGUUAAAUUCGACAUUGCAUUUCCGUAUGGCGAUAAGCAUGAGGCUUUUGCCGCAUUCUCGAAGGCGGCACAUAAGGCAACUAAGGAUUUACUAGUGGCCACCGUGGGUAUCAAGGAUUAUGGAGAACUGGAGAACAAGGCUCUGGGCGACCGGUAUAAAGUUGACGACAAGAACUUCCCGGCUAUCUUCAUAUUCAAGGGCAAUGUGGAGGAGUACAUCCAGCUGCCCAGCCACAUGGACGUUACUCUGGAUAAUUUGAAGGCCUUUGUCAGUAGCAACUCACCACUUUACAUCGGUCGUGAUGGCUGCAUCAAGGAGUUCAAUGAGGCCCUAAAGAACUACGCCAAUAUCCCCGAUGCAGAGCAACUGCAGCUCAUCGAGAAGCUGCAGGCAAAACAGGAGGAGCUGACCAAUCCCGAGGACCAGCAGAGCGCCAAGGCCUAUCUGGUCUACAUGCACAAGAUCCAGGAGCUAGGAUACGACUUCCUGGAGGAGGAGACCAAGCGCCUCUUGCGCCUCAAGGCCGGCAAAGUGUCGGAGGCCAAGAAGCUGGAGCUCCUGAGAAAGCUGAACAUUCUGGAGGCCUUCCGAGUUCACAAGGUCACGAAGGCUUCGUCCGAGAAGCAUGAGCUGUAAAUGUGUCAAUAUAAAUCUGUUAAAUCUGUACAAAAUAAGAAAAUCUUAAAUGUUCUAUAGAAAGGCCGGAACUUGGCGGACAAAUGUACAAUAAAACUAAGAGUAAACAAAUUUAACUUAUAAUCCAUCCGAAUUUUAUUUGGAUCUUGUAAAAUUAUAUAAAGAUUAGGUCAGACGAUAAAGCAAUUUGAAAAAUUUCUGAAAUUUAAUGCUUAUAACCUCUGUUAAACAAUAUUGCAAUAUAAACUGAUAAAUAUAUCAACAAUAUCUACUUAA